GGAAGAUACUCAAUUGAAUAUUUUGUUGUUCUUAUCUGAUUACAAAAGAGAUUGUUUUCCCUCUGUGUGUUUAUUGAUCAACACUCUGUACAAUUAACCGAAUUUAAUUACUCUCCACCAGUUCUUUGCAUCGAUCGCUACGAUUUGAUUGAUCUUUGUUUGUUUAGUAUUCGAGUGACACCAAAACAGUUUGGGUUACAAUAAGUUCGCUCAUUGUAAAUUGUUCGAAACGAAACUAAUUGAAAGUACCAUGGAUCGAAUCACAAGUUUAUAUUCACGAUUAACGAAAACUCAUUUCAUAGGAAUUGGAGUAACUCUUUUAUUAGCAACUGCGAUUUGUGUCGGAGUUUUAGUGACUCGUCGUAGUGGUUCAUCUUCAACACUUUCGCCGUCAUUUCAACACUUUAAAGAAAAAUUGGCGAAAAUCGAUCAUGCGGUUCAAUGGGUAAAAUAUAACAGCGAAAAUGUAACUUUGACCAAUGCUUUUGACGGCGGCAGCGAUGAAGAUUCGUCUUUGAUCUACGCUUGUAGAGCUCAUCAUAAGAGCUCUAUCACUACUGUAAGUGAAGUUAUACCGGGCACUUAUUAUCCAAAGACACAGAAGUGCAAAUUCACUUAUGGAGGAAAAGCUUUAGAAAAAGAUGAAUUUGAAUUAUUAACAACCAAAGAUUCGAGUGCGUUGAUUUGGUUGAAAAAUUCAAACGGUGAAGUUUAUAAUGGUGCAAUUACUGCGGGUCUAACUACUACUCAUGAUGAGCUAACUGUCGCGCGCGUUGAGAUCUACGGUUUUUACUAUUCGAUUGGAAAAAUUCACGAUGUAUAUAAAUUAGCAUACGUACCAGACGGAAAGACCGAAUAUCCUAGUCACGAUUAUGAUGUUUUGUGUCUUAAGGAUUUCGCUCUUUGAAAAUCUUAUUCAAUAAAAUUUAAAUUAUCUGUUUACUUAUUUAGAUUUUGAUACUUAAUAACUAUUGUAACAAAUAUCUAAGUUUCAUUAGUUGUCAAACUUUUCUGGUUCAAUAUUUUACGAUUAAAAGAUGAGACUUUACUCACUCUUUACCAAAGUUGAUGCUCUUAGUCAAGGGCGUUAAUUAGCACGAAGUAAUCUAA